AUGGGCGUCUUUGACGAGAUAAGCGACCCUCGACGUCGUGAGCUCAUUUCCCAGAUCGCCGCGCGCGUGGACCACCAUGACCUAGUCGAGCCCGGAUUCUGGGCCUUCGUCUGGCUGGCGGACGUGGUCCAGCUGGAGGGUUUUACUAUAGACUUUGUUAAACUCGACAGCAACAUCUCCAGGAAGUGUGUUUACACAAGUCCCGUGUGGACAAAGGCGUUGAAAACAUGGGCGAGCACCCGAGACCGCGAGGCAAAUCUUUCCACAACUGGAGAUACUGGAGGGACGGCAGAAGAGUGUCGGAAAAGAGACGGGAACCGAUGCCUGCUGAGUCUCGGGGGUGAUUGCGUCGAACUUGUGCAUAUAUUCCCGUACCCUCUGAGCGUGAUGGCGGGAAGUGAGCAGUAUCACGAAUUCUGGGAAACACUAUCAACCUUUUGCCAACCCGACAGAGUGGAAGAGUGGAAGGACGCUAUCUCUGGCCCGCAGGGUGCACAAGGCCUGACCAACAUCAUGUGUCUUGCCUCAACCAUUCAUACUAUGUGGGGGAGCUCUAAGUUCGCGCUUAAGCCUGUCGAAAUGUCCGACGGUGGAAAGACACUUAAGCUCGAGUUCUAUUGGCUAUCUGAUUUACCCUAUGCAUUCAAGAGUCUAGAAACGCCGCCUGAUACUCCGCAUAACCUCGACUCAUCCCCGCGCGGAACGCGGAUACUGAACUGCUUGGAAGAAACAAUCAUUAGAUCGGGAGACACUGUCGUCUUUAAGACUGACGAUCCCCAGAGGUGGCCGCUCCCGUCUAUCCCGCUACUACAAAUGCAGUGGCUACUCAACCGUAUGAUGUCGAUCACUGGAGCAGCGGAUGUUACAGACCCAUAUUUGCAGCUCAUGGAUGACGAGGAUGUUGACUCGGAAGAAGAUACGGUGGAAUAG